AUGGACAGUCCAACCAACCAAAACCAGCAGCUCCACAUCUUCUUCAUGCCGUUCAUCGCGCCGGGCCACAUGAUCCCCAUGAUCGACUUGGCCAAGCUCUUCGCUUCCAGAGGAGUGAAGAGCAGCAUCAUAACCACCUCUGCUUACACCGACAAAGUCUCCCAAUCCAUCCAAAAAUCUGCUUCCGAAUCCCCAAUCCAAGUUCUCGCCAUGACCACCGCCGCCGGGACAAUCACCUGGGAGCAGGCGUCCGAAGAAGCAAAGGCGGACCUCUUCUUCAACUCCGCUCCCACCUUCGCCGAGCCCCUCAAAGAAUUGUUGGAACAACACCGCCCCGAUUGCUUAGUCGCCGACACCUUCUUCACCUGGACCACGGAAUUGGCGGCAAGUCUGGGCGUCCCUAAGGUAGUUUUCGGCGGGAAGUGCUUCUUCUCCCUGUGCGCCGAACAGAGCCUGGUCGAACACUACCCACACAGUAGAGUCUCUUCCGACGACGACGCUUUCGUCAUCCCGAAUCUCCCCGGGGACGGAAUCGAAUUCACCAGGGGCCAAAUCUCGGAAGCAUGGAAGUCCGAAAGCGUAUUCACCCAUUUCUUCAAAAAGUGCCUCGAUUCGGAGAGGGAUUCCUACGGCGUUCUCGUCAACAGUUUCUACGAAUUGGAACCUCUCUACGCCGACCACUACAGAUCAGCCGUCGCGAAACGGGCCUGGCAGGUCGGCCCCGUUUCUCUUUUCGCCGGCGGCGCGGAGGAGAAAGAGAGCAGAGGGAUGGUGGCCGUGACGGAAGCUGCUGCAGUUGACCGUCACGAAUGCUUGAAAUGGCUGGAUUCGAAAAAACCCAAUUCUGUAAUUUACCUGUGUUUCGGGUCUGAAUCAGAGUUCACGGCGGCGCAGAAUUCGGAGCUGGCGGCGGGGCUGGAAGGCUCGGGACAGGGGUUUGUUUGGGUGGUGAAGAGAAGGGAAGAUCUGCCGGAUGGAUUUGAGGAGAGAGUUGAAGGGCAAGGAUUGGUAAUUGAAGGGUGGGCGCCGCAGCUGCUGAUUUUAGGGCACGCGGCGGUGGGUGGAUUCGUGACCCACUGCGGCUGGAACUCUGUUGUGGAAGCGAUUGCUGCGGGGGUUCCGAUGGUGACGUGGCCGCUGGCGGCGGAGCAAUUCUUCAACGAGAAGCUGGUGAGCAAGGUAUUGAGGGUGGGAGUGGAAGUCGGAGCUCGACGGUGGGUUAGGCUGGUCGGGGAUUUUGUGAGGAAGGAAGCGGUGGAGAAAGCGGUGAGGGAAGUUAUGGUGGGAGAAAGAGCAGAGGAAAUGAGAAGCAUGACAGGGAAGCUUGGAGGAAUGGCGAGGAGUGCCCUUGAAGAAGGUGGGUCAUCGCUUCGUGAUUUGAGUUGGUUUAUUGAAGAAUUCAUUAGUAAGAAGAAGGCUUAA